GAUUUGUAUAAUGAAUGUUAGAAUAUUAAACGUGUUAUGAUGGUUUUUCACUGCAUGGAAUUCUGAAUAAUAAUGUAUGUUCUGAAGAAGUUUUCAUAAAUCUACAGCAUUUAUUAUAGUUACAAAAAUAUAGGACACAAAUUUACACUUGCCUUUUCAAACUGGAAAAUAUAUAUGGUGGGAAGAUUUUUUUUCCUUAACAAAUUUUUCCCCUUCCUUAUACCAAACACUUUUAAACUUUUGAUUCAAUGUAUAUUUUCAAGGUUUGUCUAAUUUGAAGGUCAAAAGGAGGAGAGACAAAAAAAAAAAAAAUGCCAGCAGUUUGGUUUGCUUUAAAGAAAUCAUUGCAGUGCAGAUCAGAGGUAAAGGAUGUGCAUGAUCCAAGAAGUGAUGGGAGAAAUUUAAGCAAGAUAUCGACGAAAAAGGCGACGACAGUUAGGUCAGGUUGUUCAAGGUCCAUUGCAAAUCUUAAAGAUGUUAUACAUGGAAGUAAAAGGCAUAUGGAGAAGCCACCAUUGCAAAGUCCAAGAUCUAUUGGAAGCAGUGAGCUUUUGAAUCCAAUUACACAUGAAGUUGUAUUGAGCAAUUCAACUUGUGAACUCAAGAUUACUAGUUGUAAUUUCCAAGAUGGUAAUGGUAGUUGUAGGAAUAGUGUUGAGAGUAUUUCUGCUUUUAUGGGUACUUUAAAACCAGGGACCCCUGGUCCUGGUGGACAACCUAUUGGGUCAUCAAGAAAAUAUAGAGGCUAUGGCAGUAGCCCUAUAAGGAAAGGGUCACCUGGGAGUUUAUCAAGAAAAACAGGUGCUGGAUUUGGGGGUAUUGUUUCGAGGCCUAAGGCUUCUUCGGGCGCUGAUUUCCAUACCUUUUCUGCAUUGACUUGUCAUAAAUGUGGUGAGCAAUUUGUGAAGUGGGAAGCUGUUGAAGCACACCAUCUCUCCAAACAUGCUGUGACAGAACUUGUUGAAGGGGAUUCUUCAAGAAAAAUUGUAGAGAUAAUAUGCAGAACAAGCUGGUCAAAGCCUGAAAACAACUCAAAUGGGAUUGAGAGGAUCUUGAAAGUACACAAUAUGCAGAAAGUACUAGCUCAAUUCGAGGAAUAUCGUGAAUUAGUAAAGAUCAAGGCCAAUAAACUCGCCAAGAAACACCCUCGUUGCUUAGCAGAUGGGAACGAGCUAUUAAGAUUCUAUGGCACGACAGUUGAGUGUUUUCUUGGCAUCAAUGGUUCUUCUAGCCUAUGCACAUCAGAAAAAUGCAAAGUUUGCAAGAUUCUAAGGCAUGGAUUCUCAAUCAAGAAGGAAAUCAAUGGUGGGGUUGGUGUUUUUACAGCCUCCACAAGUGGAAGAGCACUAGAAUCUAUUGAGGAAAAUAUGUCAUCUUGGAGAAAGGCUCUAAUAGUAUGCAGAGUUAUUGCUGGUAGAGUGCAUAGACCAUUGGAAAAUGUUCAAGAAUUGAUUGGUCAAUCAGGGUUUGAUUCAUUGGCUGGCAAAGUUGGAGUCUACUCAAACAUUGAAGAACUCUAUUUGCUCAAUCCUAAAGCUUUGCUUCCUUGCUUUGUGGUGAUUUGCAAAUCAUAAAAAUACAUUGUGCAUCAGCCAUUCUCUCAUGUAGAUCAAUUGAAGUCCUUGAUAUUUAGUUGAUUCCUUCA